AUGAACAAAAACGGAACAGCUAAAAUGAAUGAUAAUCAAAUAAGAGCCGAAGGUAGAAGGUUAUUUAAACGCUUCUAUAACAUUCCUGAUGGUGUUAAUCCUAAAACUCGUAGAAGUUAUUUAAAUGAAGCCAUAGAUGCAUAUGAAGGAUUUGACAUUUCAUCAGAAAGUGAGAGGUUAGCAAGAAUGUUAAACGUUAAUAUUGAUUUUUAUUAUUGUGACCCUCAACCAGAAGACGUAGACAUAAAUAAGGUAGACUUUCCAUUAGUGGAAUCAAUAAUGAUAGAUCCAGAAUUUGAAACAGUAAAUAUUUUAUUAACACAGAGUCCAUGUGGAAAACUUCACGCUGACAGAAUUACAGACGUUGAAGCACUCACAGGAUAUAAAGUUUGCCCCUUUUGCAAAGAAGAAGUAUAUUCUAUCCGUGAUGACCCAGAAAGGAAAAACCAAAGAAGAUUUUUAAAGCAUUGUGAGAAAUGUAAAGAAAAUAAUGGAAGAUUAAUUCAAGACGUUCAAUUGCAAAACACACAACAACCAUAUGCACCACAUAUCACGAAACAGAAGAUAUAUCAAUGGCUAUUAGCACAUAAUUUGCAGGAAUAUUAUAAACCAACAAGAUAUUAUAUUACUUUUGACUUCGAAACAUUAGAGACUAAAGAAGAACUUCAACUUUCUGAAUGUGCAACUUUGAACGCUUACUUAAAACCAUUUAUGGUAUCAUCAACUGUCAAAAUAAAGCCGCAAACGGACUCUUUGAGUCCUGAAGGUCUUUCAGACCGAAGCGGCGAGGUCGUAGACCGUGAUAAAACAUUUACGAGGAAUUUUUGCUUAACAUCAAGUGAUUC